AUUUUGUGUUCGAAACUGCAUGUGUUCACCUGGCGGGAGGUCAAAGUUCACCGGACAUGCGCAGUAACAUUCUGUCAAUGUUUCCGGGCGAACUCGGCUCAGCAGAUUAAAAAUGCCAUCGAAAAAGAAGAAAUACAACGCACGCUUCCCUCCCGCCAGAAUAAAGAAGAUUAUGCAGACAGAUGAAGAUGUGGGGAAAGUAGCUGCUGCAGUUCCUGUCAUUAUCUCUCGUUGCUUGGAGAUCUUUGUGGAGUCCCUUGUCACAAAGGCUAGUGAUGUCACCAGGUCCAGGAACGCCAAGACUAUGACAACUGCUCAUCUGAAAAGGUGCAUUGAGACAGAGAACCAGUUCGACUUCUUAAAGGACCUAGUAGAGAAGGUUCCAGAUGUGGGAGAGGACAGCGGAGGUCGGGAGGUCAGGAACAGUGACGACAAUGCUGCACAGUCUCGCCCCAGACAAAGGAGGCCGAGGACAAAUGGAGGAAGGAAGAGGGGAAGAAGAAAAUCAUCAGAAGAAGAAGAGGAAGAGGAGGAGGAAGCAGAGGAGGAGUCAGACAUUGACAUGGAGGAUGACCAGGACAGCACGUCACAGGAUAGUCAGCCCCUCAACCUGUCCACCUCCUCAGCCACUCACCUGACUGUACCCGUCAUGCCCAGCUACACCCCUUCCACAUCCUCAGGACCCCCACAGAGACCCCCUAAGCUAGGCGAGCCUGCAGUGUCACCAGCAGUAGGUGCUCCCCCCAUGCCUGUCAUGCCAGUCCCCGUCCCCCAGAUGUUUGCAGCAAUGGCUCCUCCCACUUCCACAUCCAUGUCAGUCACACACAUAGCCCCGCCCAUCCCAGCUCCAACAGCCAAUCACGACGAAGAUGACGAUUAUGACUCUUAGCACUGUAACACUACUGUUCUACACAGAUCUAGCACAGACAUGUAGGUUUAGAAGAGUUAACCUAACUAAAGGUCUAUAUGUACAGAGGAUUUUAUAAAAGAUACAGCAUUAUCUUCUUAUCUGAAGUAGAACUACUAGAAGGUUCCAAAGUAGAAUAAUACAAGGCUAUAUUUUCUCUUUAUGUUUUAUACAUGGGCACAUCAAGAUUUGUUUUCAAUUUCCACAUAAGAUACUUUAGGGCUGCCUGUAUUGGUCUUUAGUUUCUGACAAUAAGUGUUUACGUGUACAUGCUACUGUCCAUCUAUAUUCAUCUCUACAGUGACCUGAAUAUAUUCUAUGACCAUAUUCAUAGAGAAUACCAUACUAGCACUAUGCCCCCAGUUAGUAUUGAACUGACUGACUGAAGUGCAUUUAUAAUCUACAUGUACCUUCAUUAUGAUAGCCCCGGAGUAACAAAUUAACAUUUUUUGUAAAGAGAAAAAAACAGCAAAUAGACUGAUAUUAUACAUCUAGAUUUAAAAACAUAUAUGUAUAUAGUCAUAUAUACCUGUCCCUGGAUAUUCAUUGGAAACAGUAUACAUAUGUGUACACAUGUACAAUGGGAGACAAUGUCACAUUAUGCAGAAAUUGUACCUGUUUAUAAAAGAGAUGUGUCUAGAAACUUUGUCUAUAUCCCAGUGAAAGUAGAGAUGUAAUUACUCUUUCAAAAAAGGAGACUUGGUGCUACAAUUCUUUCAGGCUUUGUUUGAAGUGCUUCUGAUACCAAUAACACUACAGUAAAACAUUUCCUAAUUUCAUUCAACUAUGAUAAGUAUUUUCAAUGAGCAUUCGUGCACAAUAGACAGCCUUUUGACGUAGGUGAAGAAAUUGUUACUAUUCAUUGAAAAAAUACUCCUUAUGGUUGAGUGUAAGGAAGAAAUGUUUUAUUAUGGUGUCAUUGCUGACAAGAGCACUUUCAAAUCAUAUUUUCUCUAAUAGUUAUAUUAGAAAUACUAAUUAUAUAGUUGUGCUAACUUACUUUCUGUUCAACAAAGAGAAAUAUGUUUCUACAAUGUUUACCAUGUAUAGCCAAGUAGUCAAAAUAUUGAUGCAUUAUAUAUCAUAAUACUCCGUACAAAUUCACAGUAACCAUGAUCAUAUACCACUGAAAGACUCAGUUCAACUAUGACAUGAACUAUGAUAUCUUAUUGUUGCAUAUUUACACUAAAGUUCUUAUGUCUAGACGAGCACUGCUGCUAGGUUACUCACACACUUGUUUGUUAUUCACAUGUAGCAUUAGAAUGAAUGUUGUACUUUACAAUGACAGUAUUUUUUGGUUUCACAACAGUUCUGCUGCUCAGUUAGGAACAGAUUAUUUCUAACUGGAUAUUACUAUCUGAUGACUUUAUCUGAUGUAGUUAUAUCAUUGUGGAAACAUAUUAUGCAGGGGAUGAAAACAAAUACUAACUGCUGAUUGGUUAGCCAACUGCUAGGUACUGGGUUAGCUUAAUACAGGAUUCUGAUUGGUCUGUUGUUUGCAAAAAGCUGAUUGGUCACUGACUCAGUCUAUUACUUGUACCCAUUUUCUGGUAUUUCUUAUGAAAUUAGGGGUACUUUUGGCAGAUAAAACACUUGAGAAGGAUGUCAGGGAUAUGUUUGCCCUUUGUUCCAAUUUUCUACCCAACAUAAAAUCAAGCCCUCUUGAUACGACUAACUGCUAUGUUAACAACAUCAUUUAUACAUGUAUAUGUAUAGAGACUAUUGCCUGUCUGUUGCUAUCACAUUUACUUUUUUUUAAAUAUUUACAAAGAUUUCUUGUAGGUCAAAGAAUGGUGUAAACAUUUUGAAAAGGUUAAUCAACCCUACAAAAGUCUGACACUUUACUAGCACAGCUAAUAAAAUUCGAUGUACCUGUUCCUAUGUAAUAAAAGACAUAAUAGUUUGA